AUGAACUUUGCCCGACCAUUCUAUGCUCCAAGCGUUGGUGCGGUCAGUUGGACGAUUAGCGCCGAGACCAGCUCCAUCAAGCUUCGAGCUCAAACGCAAAGUCUGGCCGUGACGAAUGCAUUAGCUUUGUUGGUGGUUCCAGAGUUCAAGGACCGCACUUUUAGCGAACUUGAUGGAAUGUUCGCCCAGAAGAUACCAACCGGGCAGUUCACGAAGUAG